CCUUUCUUCAAAAGAGACAAUACCCAACACCCCCAUCAAGUAAGAUGUGUCUCCCUUUCUCUCCCUUUUCUUCUUCCUUGGCCCUUUCCUCUUUCACCCUAUAAGAAAGCGAACCCUCUUUUAUUCUAAAUUCUUUAAAUUAUUCUCAUUCUGUUUCUGUUUCUGUUUCAAAUGAAUUGAAGAAUUAUGUCCUUUGCUAGAUGAAUAGAAGUGGAAAUAAUAUUCAAGAAUUACAAGAAGAAGAAUUACAAGUAGAUUACCAAGACUGCCCUCAACAAAACAACAGCAUCAUCCUUAAUAAUAACCUAGAAAUGCAACAAUAUCACCAAGCAACAACAUCUCAUUCUGAUCCAUUUGUAGGUAGUUUUGGAGGCGGUGGUGGAAGGCCAGGAAUGGUAUUUCAAGAUCACUCUCCACCACCGCCGAUGCCGGCACAACCUCAUAUCUUACCAUGGGAUCUUCCACAAGUUCAUUCCUUCCCACAAACACAUGAUCCCUUCUUUUUCCCAUCCUCAUCUUCUUAUGGUGGGUUGUUUACUAGAAGGCCCUCUAAUUCUCUACAAUUUGCAUAUGAGGGUUCCUCCUCAGAUCAUCUUCGCCUUCUUUCUGAUGCCCUUGGUCCAAUGGUUCAGCCUGGUUCAGCCCCUUUUGGACUUCAAGCUGAGCUCAAUAAGAUGACUGCACAAGAGAUCAUGGAUGCUAAAGCUCUUGCUGCUUCUAAGAGUCACAGUGAGGCGGAGCGCCGCCGUCGUGAAAGGAUCAAUAAUCAUCUUGCUAAGUUAAGGAGCUUGUUGCCUAGCACCACUAAAACGGACAAGGCGUCGUUGCUGGCGGAAGUGAUCCAACACGUAAAAGAGCUACGGAGGCAGACCUCCGUAAUAGCAGAAACUAGCGUCAUCCCAACGGAAAGCGACGAGCUUACGGUGGAUGCAGCUUCGGAUGAGCAAGAUGGGAGGUUUAUCAUCAAGGCUUCAUUGUGUUGCGAUGACCGUUCUGAUUUAUUGCCGGAUUUAAUCAAGGCUCUAAAAACCCUAAGGUUAAAGACAUUAAAGGCGGAGAUUUCUACCCUAGGUGGGAGGGUUAAGAAUGUACUAUUUGUCACCCAUGAACCUAAUAAUAGUGACCAUGAUAAUAAUAGUAACAAUAUUAAUGAAAAUAACCAUGACCAUGACGAACAACCACCACCCGACCAUUGUUCUAUUGACUUAAUACAAGAGAUGCUAAAGGCGGUCAUGGAAAAAUCCGGCGGUGGGGACGAGUCUGCCGCCUCCGGUAAUCCUAAGAGGCAAAGGACAACAAACAUUACCAUCUCCUAAUUAACUACAUAAUUAAUAUGGAUUUUAUUAACAAGCUAGCUAGGGUCUCUUUGAAACAUUUUAUACUAACAAAGAUGACCUACCUUAAUUAAUUGCAUGGUUUUUUUUUUUUUUUUGUUUGUUUGUAAUUUUGGGUAUUAUUUGGGUUUGCAUGGGUGUGCCUAGCUUUGCUUCUUCGUAUCUUAUCUUCUUCAUGUUACUAUUACUAUCAAUAUACCGCCAUUUGGAAUUCUCUCAAGUGACGAGAGAUGUAUGAUCAUAUAGCUUGAAUUGGGGUUUUUCUUUUGAGUGUUGCACUUAGUAUUAUAAUUCAUCAUCAGUAUAAUUUCCCAUGCAUCAGAAUUUGAAGACAAUUUAGAAUGAUGAUAUUUUGUAGUGUAAUAACAUUAUGCUUGUUCAGUCGGAGAAAAAGGUACUACUCCAGUAUAUGAGAGCAAGGUUUGUUAUAGCAGAAGAAAGAAACAAGGAAAUAUAUCUUUUUCGUCAAGAGAGA